AUGUUCCGACUGGGUAGUGCCACUCGUUUAUCACCGUCUUGUGUCAGAUUUAUCCCACUUUUCGCCGUUAUUUUUUUACUAGUAAUUUCAUUUACUGUAUUCAAAUCCAGUGGAAUUGAAAAGUAUCAAGAGCGCACAAAUGCUCCAUAUGUGUAUAUCAAUCAUCGAGUUGGAUUAUCGGAGCCAGAUUUGAAUGAGUAUAGUGUCAAAACGCAUAAAGGAUAUGUUUCGUUAAAUGAGCUUAAUGAGAAGUACUACUUCAAUGACAAAAAUUCGGGAUGGGGUGACAAACCAAGAAAUUGGGAUCGCAUUUCAGAAAUUAUGACCUAUUCGAAAAAGCAAAUUGCAAAUUUGGCAUAUCCAGUUGAGUCAGAAUCCAUGUACAAUGCGAUGGCUGCAAAUCGUCUGGAUAAUUUGACUGGGGUUGUGGUCGGGUCCAUGCAACCAUGGGUGGAAGUUUAUGCUCUGAAAAAUGGCGCCAAAAAAAUUCUGACAGUGGAAUACAACAAAUUGACCAUUCAACCGGAAUUUCAAGACAGAUUGUCAUCGAUUCUUCCGGUGGAUUUCGUGAGAAAUUGGGAAAAAUACGCUGGAACUUUUGAUUUUGCCGCAUCAUUUUCAUCAAUUGAACAUUCUGGAUUGGGUAGAUAUGGAGAUCCGAUGGAUCCUAUUGGAGAUUUGAGAGAGAUGCUCAAAAUUAAGUGUAUGCUGAAACCGGGAGGUAGAAGUUUUUGA